GGUGAGUUGAGUCGAUCAGUCGUAGUGCCGGGACUUAGAAACCAUGUUCUUCCAUAUAUAAUUAAUUUUUCUUCUUUUUCUUUUCCCUCCAUAUCUUUUUAAUUAAUAUUUUUCAACUCUUGCAAUGGCGAGUGAUCACCAAAACGGUGGAUCUGAUCUUAAUGCACCCGUCCUUGAUGACCAAAGCCGAACCCAAUCACUGGAUUUAGGAGAUCACACUGUUGGUAAUACCAAAAAGGCCGCCUCUUUUUUCAACACUUGUUUUAAUGGACUCAGUGCUUUAUCAGGAGUCGGGAUAUUAUCAACCCCAUAUGCACUAGCAUCAGGAGGAUGGUUAAGCUUGAUUCUUCUUUUCGCCAUUGCCACUGCUGCAUUCUUCUCUGGCUUAUUAAUCCAAAGAUGCAUGGAUUCGGAUUCGAAUAUCCGAACUUAUCCCGACAUCGGCGAGCUUGCAUUCGGGAAGAAAGGAAGAUUGACAGUCUCCAUUUUCAUGUACAUCGAGCUUUACUUAGUUGCUACAGGAUUCUUGAUUUUAGAAGGAGAUAAUCUUCAAAAUUUGUUCCCAAAUAUGGAAUUUGAAGUUGGUCAAGGACUAACAAUUGCUGGGAAACAAGGGUUUAUCAUAAUAGUAAGCCUCAUAAUAUUGCCCACAGUUUGGUUAGAUAACUUGAGCCUUCUUUCAUAUGUGUCAACCAGUGGGGUAUUAGCUUCUGGAAUCACACUUGGUUCCAUUAUAUGGACUGGUGCGUUUGAAGGGAUUGGGUUUCAACAAAAGGGAACAUUGGUCAAUUGGGAUGGAAUGUUGACUGCUAUCAGCUUAUAUGCUUUCUGCUAUUGUGCACAUCCAGUUUUCCCUACACUCUACACUUCUAUGAAGAAAAAACAUCAGUUCUCCAAUGUACUGAUUGUAUGCUUUAUCUUUUGUACCAUCACGUAUGCAUCAAUGGCAAUCUUCGGGUACCUAAUGUUCGGACCACAAAUUCAGUCACAGGUAACAUUGAAUCUUCCAGCAAGCAAGAUGAGUUCAAAAGUGGCCAUCUACACGACCCUGGUGAACCCCAUAGCCAAAUACGCAUUGAUGGUUACUCCAAUCGUUAAUGCCAUUAAAACCCGGUUUUCAUGCCGUUGCAACCCGCGAUUCCUCAGCAUCCUCAUCGGCACCAACUUGUUGAUCAGCACCGUUCUUGUGGCACUGGCGAUUCCGUUCUUUGGUUCACUGAUGUCCCUGGUGGGAGCACUUUUAAGUAUCACUGCUUCUGUAAUACUUCCAUGCUUAUGCUACUUGAAGAUUUCAGGUAUUUAUCGAAGAUUCAAUGGCCAAUUGGUUUGUAUGUGCUUUAUAAUUAUAGUGGGAGUUUGUCUGGUAAUUUUUGGCACUUACAGAUCUGUUUUAGAUAUCAUAGGCAAUUUCUAAAUGCUAAUGACUUAAAGUUUAGUUUGAUUAGUUUAUGCAUUUACUUUUAUGAAUUUGCAGUUAGAAGGUCUAAAUUUUAAAUAUUGACAUAUGCAACUCAUUCUCGUUUUCUCAAACAGCAGCCUCCUAACCAAAAAAAUAAUGAUAACAAUAAAUAAAUGUCAAUUCAUUGCAUAUGCUUAUGUUAUAA